AAAACAGAGUUUCUUUUGAAGCUGCAACACAACUUAUUUGUGCUACAUCGAUCCUUGUUUCAAAUUUUCAUAUUGAAGAUGAUAUCCGAUCUUCCUAAAGAUUUGGCAGAUGAGGUGCUCGCUAGGCUUCCGGGGACAUCUCUGAGAGGAAUCCGAUCUGCUUGCAAAAAGGGGAACACUUUAUCCACAGAUCGGAGCUUUACAAAGAAGCACCUUGCUCAAGCAAAAGCAGCAACGAAGAAGAAGUUUUUACCUGCAAAAAAGACGAUGAUGUCCGAUCUUCCAAGUGAUUUGGCAGAGGAGGUACUGUCUAGGCUUCCAGUGACAUCUCUAAGAGGGUUCCGAGCUGCUUGCAAAAAAUGGAACACUUUGUCCAAAGAGCGGAGCUUUACAAGGAAACACCUUGCUCAAGCAAAAGCAGCGGCAGCAAGGGAGUUUAUGGUGGUCAUGGUGAUGAAUUCUCGGGUUUAUUUGAUGGGCAUCAAUCUCCAUGGAGUUCACGAGAGCGUUGACCCAUCUAUAAACCAUCAAGGUAAACUCGUUAGCCUAAACGAUUCAGAUCGGGUCGAUAUAUCUAGAGUAUAUCACUGCGACGGUUUACUGUUAUGCAUCGCGAAAAACUACUCUAGGUUCGUGGUUUGGAAUCCGUACUCGUGCAAAACUUUGUGGCUCCAACCCAGAAGUCCCCACCCUAGAUUGGACUGGUAUACAUAUGCUAUAGGAUACGAGAAGCGCAAAUCAUGCCGGAACUACAAAGUUUUGAGAUUCGUUGAUCUUGCCGAAACAGAAUUUGUUAAGUACGAAAUCUACGAGUUAAAGUCUAAUUCAUUGAGGGUUCUUGAUGUCACUUCCGACUGGAAAAUAGAGAUCUAUGCACGUGGUGUCUCUCUUAAGGGAAAUACUUAUUGGUUUGCUACAGACAAGUUUCCAGAAAUCAGCAAUAAUGUUAGACAUAGUGUUGAUUUCUUGAUCUGUUUUAAUUUUACAUCGGAGAGAUUUGGGCCGCGUCUUCCUUUGCCGUUUUUCUCUCUGAAUGGAGAUACUGUGAGUCUUUCUAGUGUUAGAGAAGAGCAACUUGCUGUGUUAUUUCAACGCGGUGACAACUUAAAGAUGGAGAUUUGGGUUACGACUAAGAUUGAACCUGAAGUGGUGUUGUGGAGCAAGUUGUUCUUAGCAGUGGAUAUGCAACCACUCACUGAUUUUCCAUUUUUAUAUACAGAUGCAAGUUUCAUCAUUGACGAAGAGAAGAAAGUUGUUGUAGUGUUUGAUAAAGACAAAGAUGUAAUGAAUACCACUCGCAACACAGCUUACAUCAUUGGAGAGGAUGGAUAUUACAAAGAGGUGGAUCUCGGAAAAUCUACUGAUGAAUUUCAAUAUCCACUUAUGUGCUCGUAUGUUCCAAGCUCAGCGGAAAUCAAGCAAGGAAACAAAAGGAAGAAAAAUGUUUAAAUUAUGUCUUGUUUGAUGAUAUUUAAAAUUAAUUUGGUCAAUUUAUUAAUUUGUUUCUCUCUUCUUUUAUGCGACAUGAGAAAAGUUUGUCACUCAGCUUUAACAUGUUUCCAACGCUCAUGUAACAUGUUUGUAAAGACGGGAGACAUUUAAACUUUAAAGAUGGCAUGAUCCGGUGUUUCACCUGUGUCCCACAACGUGGGCAGUGGUUAUAACAUGAUGGGUCAUGUUUGGUGCUUUUA